UAAAGAAUGGUCGCUGGUUAUUUUCUAUCUUAUUAAUCAUGUACCCGAUGUCAGACAUUUCAAAAGGGAAACACUUUGUUUUACGAGAUCAUCUGUGAUCGGAGUAUCUGGCGUUAUUCGAGUAUCUUUAUUUGCGAUGGAUGUCGGAGGACAAUGGAGCGGACCGCCGCGCUGGUGGAUUGUUUCUUCCUUGCUGUUGUGCGUCGGGAAUCUGGCCAGUGCUCAAAUAAAAUACAAUGUUCCGGAGGAAGUGAAAGAAGGGCAGGUUAUUGGAAAUAUCGCAAAGGAUUUAAACCUCGAUGCCGUUAAUCUGUCGCGCCGUCGAUUUCGUAUCGUUUCUGGAUCCGGUGACGCGCUUUUCCAGGUAAAUCAGAACAACGGGGAACUGUAUGUCGACAAACGAAUCGACAGGGAGAGGCUGUGCGAUGGAAACGCCGUUUGUUCGAUAAGUUUGAAAUGCGUUAUUGAAGACCCGCUAGAGGUGCAUUACGUAGAAGUUGAAAUUACGGAUGUAAACGACAACCCUCCUAUUUUCCCGAGAUCUGAGCAGCAGUUUGAAAUAGCCGAGCAUACGCUUCUGGGAACACGUUUCCAAGUGCAAACCGCUAGAGAUCCCGAUCUGGGAAUGAAUGCGGUCAGACAAUAUAAAUUGAGUCAGAAUGAGCUGUUUGAUGUCGACGUUCGGGAAAGGCAUGAAAUAAAAAUACCGUUUUUAGUCUUAAAGAAGGCGUUGGACAGAGAACGACAAGGCAAGCAUAGACUCUCGCUGACAGCCAUUGAUGGUGGAAACCCACCGAAAUCAGGGACUCUGAACAUCUCUAUAAUUGUUUUGGAUAUUAAUGACAAUCGUCCAGUCUUCAGCCGUGACUCAUAUACUGCAACAAUCCUAGAAAACGCACCUCGGGGUACUGUCGUGAUUAAAAUAAACGCAACCGAUUUAGACGAAGGAAUGAACGGUGAGAUCGAGUUCUCGUUAGGAGAAAAUGUAGAAGGAAAAAUACACGACCUGUUUGCGCUUGACAAGAACACGGGAGAAUUACAAGUUAACGGGAAAAUAGACUUUGAGGACUCGAAUGUAUUUAAAUUAGAUGUGCAAGCAUCCGAUAAAGGCCAGCCUCCCCUCAUAGCCGAAGCAGAACUCAGCAUUAAAGUCACAGAUGUUAAUGAUAACUCUCCUGACAUUGAGAUAACGUCUCUUUCUAGUGUGAUAUCUGAAAACGCGAGUCCUGGAACGGCCGUAGCCUUAAUCAGCGUUUCAGACAAGGACUCUGGGGUCAAUGGAAGAGUCAUUUGUACGUUGCCUGAAAAUAUGCCAUUUGAGCUGAAAUCAUCAUCAUUUAAAGAGAAUAUUUAUUCAUUAGUGACGAAAGGGCGUUUAGAUAGAGAGGUUAAGUCUAGGUAUGAAAUCACUGUAACAGCCACCGACUUAGGUAAGCCACCUUUGUCUUCUUUUAAAAUGUUAAACAUACAGGUCUCUGAUGUAAACGAUAACGCCCCAGAGUUUUCCCAGAAUACAUAUGAGCUUUAUUUAUCUGAAAACAAUGUCCCUGGUUCUUCUAUAUUCUCUGUCACUGCCUUUGACAGAGAUUUAAACGAAAAUGCUGCAAUAGCAUAUCAUCUAAAUCAAGGUGAUUUGACGUCUUUUCUAAACAUCAAUUCAGAAACGGGGAUUGUUUACGCGCUGAAAAGUUUAGAUUUUGAAACUACCAAAACUUUUCAUUUCCAAGUUGUCGCUACAGACUCUGGAGCUCCGUCUCUGAGCAGUAACGUGACAGUGAACGUGUUCAUUCUGGAUCAGGAACGACAACAGGAAGAGCAGCAGUUUCUCAGGAAUCUGCAGGAGAGACUCAACCCACAGAAUCAUUGA